UGGCGAGACUACAACUUGCCAAAAAUUAACGAAAACUUUCUCUUAUUUUUAACAAGUUUAGGUCAACGGUAUUUUUCGUUUAUAUUAAAGAAAUCUGAUAGUAGAAAAUUACUUUCGAAUGCUCAUCAAAACAAAGUACUUAAAUAUUUGAAUAAUAAAAAAAGGUUUCUUUCUAUAUUAUAUCAGUUGAGGAAACUUUAAAGAAAUAAACAGUAAAAAAAAAUACACAAUGUGUUUUUUAGUUUCGCACGUCUCUAUCUAGUGUCCCACGUAAUCAAACUGAGCAUGGAGUAUGUGUGCUGUCUUCCUGUUGACUAAACACUUGACUUACUGAGUUUUAUACUGACCUGUCAUUUUUAACUCGCUCACGUCGAUAUGAACUUUGUCGGUGGUACGCUGAAAACAACUAACUAAGCAUGAGCGAGGCCUGGAAUUCAGGGAACUUUCAACAAGGGUACACCCCCCCUCAGCCUCAGGUUGGGGGAGUGAAACUUUUUGACCCGACUCAGUUCCAAGCUCCAGUGUCUUCCUUUGACGGAAAUGUGAACCCCGCAGGUUCCAACCAGAACCAGCAUCCAUCUCCCCCCCAGGCGGGCGGUCAGAAUGCUGCGUCACUGUCCGGGGCCCACAGCUCGUGGAACAGCUGGGGUAGCUGGGAUUGGAACUCAGACAGUAACAAUGCUGCAGUGACGGGAGAACAGCAACAGCAACAACAACAACAUGGUGCCACACCAGGUCACCAGCAGCACAACGUUCUGUCACAAGAUGGCAGCAGCAGUGGUGGUGCAGCGAGCCAGCAGCAGUACGGGGCUGGUCAGUACAGCACCGCAUGGAAUCACGGCUGGGACGGGGCAGGCUCCUAUGGUCAGAACAGCACGGGAUACGCGCAGCCGGACACCGGGGCUCAGUACUCCCAGCUGCAGCCGGGGCAGUUCUUUGACGGCUUUGGCCAACAGCCUCAGUACAGCCAGCAACCCCAGCAGAUGUAUGAUGGUCAGGGCUAUUUACAGCAGCAAGUACCCCAACAACAACAACAACAACAACAACAACAACAACCUCAACAACAGCAGCAGCAGCAGCAGCAACAACAGCCUCAACAACAACAAGAGCAACAGCAACAACAGCCACAACCACCACAUCAUAACCAGCCAACCCCAGAGGGUAGUCCUGGACAACCCUCAUAUCCCCCUGAGGGUAGCCCCGGGCAGCCCCAGUAUCCGCGUGAGGCCCAGGGUUAUUAUGACCAGGGUCAGGAGCAGUACCAGCAUGGCCAGAGCCACGACUACUAUGACCAGCCUUUUGACGCUACUGCCUGGGCUCCCACAAGCGACGCUGGGCACUGGGGUGCGGGUUUCCAACCCCAGCUGGUGGCUGCGGACAGCCAAAAUCCUGCAGCGCCCCCGCAUCCGCCCCCGCAUCCGCCCCCAGCGGUGUCCCAGCAUCCAGGGGGAGAAAAUGCACCUUUGGUCUCGGAGUCGGGCCAUUCUGCAACUAGUCAGGGAGCACAGCCAGCUGCCGCAGGUCCUGGUCUAGAGCUGUACAAUGACAAUGAUGAAGACGGGACAGUGUCUGGGUUCUUCGGUCGUGGAGACGACGACGGAGAUGUGCUGUCUGACUCGCAGAAGUUCCCUCGGCAGGGAGCAUUUGACCUUGGGGCAGCCCCGCCCUUGGUGUCCGGCAACCUCUCUGUGGACUCCAACUUCCACAGGACUAACUCGGAGAUUAGCAAUGCCAGUUUGUCCACCCUAAACCAGUCCACUAUGGAAGACGAUGAAGGAAAAGCGUCGCUCAAUGAUCUUCAGAACUUGGUGCAGAAGAUGGAGGAGGUUCACCUGUCUGGAACCGCACAGGACAGGAGUCAAGGUGGGGGUGUUGGGGGAGGAAGGGAUCAGGCGGUAGAGGAUGGGGCCCACCAGCCCGUCCCUACCCCGCCCAACCCAUCGUACGCUCCCCCAGACUCUGGGGAUGUCUCACGACAGUCUCACCCCCACCUGGGGGACUACUCGGGUUUUGGAAGUCCUGGCUAUAACGUGACCCCCCACUCUUUGCCACUAGACACCAGUGUGAGGUCUUCGUCCCCUGACAGAGACCAGCCGGGAUCGGCAGAGUCUGGCGGGUCGGGGGCGUCUGGCGGCUCGUCGGGUCUAGCAGACUGGGAGAUUGUCCCCCCUCAGUCUCAGACGCACAGUCGCAACAGCUCUCUGGACAACAGCCUGGCCUUCCUCCCUGACAAACCAGAUGGUGGCGGUGGCUGUGCGGAGCAGGGACAGGACGGUGGUGACUCGCACACUAGGCCCACUGACCGUCCCUCAGGGGAUGUUCGCCCUCACGUUGCCCCUACAGCAACAGAAGCUAAUCUUGUGCAACAUGCAGCUCCUGAUGUGUCUAGGACAGGAACUCAAGACUUUGAUGGUGUUGUUAGUGAUCAGCACAACUCGGCAGUAAUCGAAGCAAAACAAGGGGAAGCACUCUCAGUGCAGGCUCCCCCUCCAUCAGCCUUGUUACCUCCCCCUGUGUCUGGGUCCUCUUCUCCAGGAGAGGCCUCGACAAACCCGUUUCGUCGUGGAGGUGUUAGUCCCCGCCACCCCAUGCUGCAGCCGCCAGUGGCUACGUCUUCUCCAGCCAGUAGUCAGCCGGUGUUUGCUCCUACUACCAGUGCUCCCUCACAGAACUUUCCACCUUCGAGUUCUUCGUCUGACACCCCAACCAAAGAUCCUGUAGAACAACAGAAGCCUAAGGGUAUGUCUGCAUUACCCUCAAAGCCAAAAGUGGCUACCGGUACCGAAGAUGGAAGCCGAGCCAGCAGAAAAGAUUUCGAUCUCGAUGCCAAACGUUCCCAACCACAGGGCCCUGCCCGGUCAUCUAAACCAGAAGAAAACCCGCGAAGACGUAACUCUCGCGAGUCGGAGGAAGGAGCCCUGUCGGGAGGACAGAGGCGCCACCAUUCAGCUUUCCAGCCCGUGAGUCGAGCCCGCCAGACGGCCAUGUCGCCUGCAACCACACUGUGGGAGAACUCUGAUCCCGCACCCGCCUCCAACAUCCUUCUGGCCCCCGCCAUGCCACUCAUCAUCCCUGCCCUCAACCCCUACUCCGCGGCCGCUGCCUCUUCGGACAAACCUGCAGAGAAAUCGGUGACUGGUGGGAACAAGCGGGAAGCGGGCGUGGCUACUACUGGCCAGGCAGAGAGACCAGCCCAGAGUAAAGAGUCAGACAGGAAGUCAGAACAAAGGAGAGAAGACAGAGAGAGAGAAGAUGUGAAUCGAUCGUUUGACUCCUUGGAUGAGAUCGACGCUGAUUACAAUAGGGACUCUGCAAGGGACAAAGGUUACCGGAAUCAGCGUAACGACCCGCGGGAGGCAAGGGACCCGCGGUACUCGAAGGAGCGGUCAUACAGCCGUGGUCAGUACCAGUACGAGCGGCCUGCCAGUCGCACUGACCGCCCGUCCAGCCGCGCUGAGGCAUAUGGAAAGGAUGACCCAUACAGGAAGUACCGAGGCUACUACCGGGACUAUGGGGACAGCUAUUAUGACGAGAGAUACGAGAGGCCACGAUCUAGGCACGACGAAACAAAGAGUGGGAGUCGUCCAUCCUCAAGGUCAGCGCAAGAUGCAGACAGACCAAAGUCACGGGCUGACUACGACAGAGAAAGAGAUUACUACAGAGACCGACAGAGAGGUUACGGGGGCUACGACAGCUACGGGCGGCAUCAGGACUACUACAACGAGGAGAGAGAACGUUACUACCGCUACUACAAAGACAGGGAGGCGCGCUACGCCAGAGGUUACUACGACGAGUAUUAUGGGGCAAGGCAUGCAGAAUAUUAUCAGCAACAGCAGCAGCAGCAGCAACAGCAGAGGGCUGUUGAGUCCCAGAUUCACAGACACAGCAGUCAGGAAGUGGAGCGUUCCUCCAGCAGAAGUCAGUCCCGCAGUCAGUCUCGCAAUCAGUCUCGAGGCAACACACCAGGCCUCGAACCUCCUCCCACUGGUGACUACUACAACCGCGGCUCCCGUCCCCCCAGCCGAGCAGACUAUGCUGCCGAAUACUAUGGUCGCCAUGGUUAUGCAUACGACCCCUACAGCUACCAUGAGGGAUACGGCUACGACCCUUACAACUACGGCUAUGGCUACCCUGGCUAUGAGGACUAUGGACAGGCCUACGACCAGGGUCGUUUGACCCCUCCAAAGUAUUCCUACCCCCAUGUGCGGGCUUGUUUCGGCCCCAACGGUCAACUGGUCAAGGUGUUGCCCAACAGGCCCACCGACGGUCAGCCGGCCAUUGUAGAGGUGCAGGAGGUACAGAGUGUCUUGGAGAACUGUCCGGAGGCAGAGGAGUUGAGAGCUUUCCCAGGACCUCUCACAAGAACGUCUAGCCACAAGAAAGAUGUCCUGUUGUUCUGCCAGCUACGUGCCCGUGCGUGCGUGGACCAGGUGGAUAUGGUGGACAGAGAGUCAGCACAGCUCAUUUGGAGACUUCUGGAACUGCUCAUCAAGCAGAAUGGGUCGGUGGUGGGCACAGACCUGUCUGAUCUGCUCCUGGAGGGACACGAACCUGGGACCCACCAGUACAGUCUGGGUGGUCUGAGGGUGUCACAGAGCCCCGAGCUGGAGGAUGGCACAGACGGGGAGGGAGGAGAGGGGAGUUCACGGGCCUCGCCGGCUGUCAGAGUAACCAGUGACAGGACGGUCAUCAGCGCUGUCAGGCAGAGGGAGGAGUGGAUUGACAGAUUCCGGCAUUUGUUGACCUAUGGGAGAAAGAAGGACGCUCUGGAGUGUGCCAUGAAGAACAACCUGUGGGGACACGCCCUCUUCCUGGCCAGCAAGAUGGACACUCGGACACACGCUAGUGUCAUGACCAGAUUUGCCAACAGUGCCAUGAGAAUGAACGAUCCGCUGCAGACCUUGUACCAGCUCAUGUCUGGGAGGCAGCCGGCUGCUGUCACUUGUGUUGUGGACGAGAGAUGGGGAGACUGGCGCCCUCAUCUGGCCAUGAUUUUGUCCAACCAGACGUCUCGUCAAGACCUUGACCUCAAGAGUAUCAGCACGCUGGGAGACACACUGGCAUCUAAAGGCUGCUUGCACGCUAGUCAUUUUUGCUAUCUGAUGGCUCGUGUCAACUUUGGAAGUUUCUUCAAAAAGACGUCGAAGAUAGUUCUGAUUGGAGCCAAUCACAACCUCCCCAUGGAAGAGUUUGCCAGCAAUGAGGCCAUCCAGUGCACAGAGGUCUACGAGUAUGCGCAGGUCUUGGGGAACCCAAACUUUUGUCUGACACACUUCCAGAUAUACAAGUACCUGUAUGCCUGUAAGUUAGCUGACUAUGGAAUGGUCUCUGAGGCCCUUCUGUACUGUGAAGUGAUCGCGGCCACCCUGCAGCAAUACCCCACCUGGUUCCAGCCUGCCUUUGUCAAACUGGUCUAUCAGCUGUCGAGCAAGCUCAAGUACUCCGACCCCCAGCGGCUGCAUACCAGCGAGGACGCAGAGGACCCCAUGUGGCUCCAGCAGUUGUGGAAGAUCUGUGCCGCUUAUGACGAUGGCAGUAUCCAGCCAGUGUCGGGUCACGCCACGCCGGCCCUGUAUGGAGCGACCGCCACCACCGCCAGUAGUGAGAGUGGAGAGGUCAACCCGUAUGCAUAUAACUAUACCUCUGACCCUGCCCAUGUGACUUCUGGGGCUGACCCCUAUAACCAGCACCAGACCCCAGCCCAAGCCACAGACAACAGCUACUACGGUCAUCAGAGCGGAGACGUGCAGUCGGGAGUGGACGCCACAGACUCCAGUCACUACACACAGCAACAACCACCACAACAACAACCACAACAGCAACAACAACAACAACAACAGCAACAGCAGAAUGCCCAGACACAACACUAUGACCCCAGCCAGUGGCAGCAAUAUGGCCAACAGUUUUCUGGGUAUACUGAGCAACAACAGCAGCAGCAGCAGCAGCAACAGCAGGAUUAUGGUGGUGGAGACCAGCAGGGUUACUAUCAGUCACAGCAGCCGCAGCACGAUGCGGUGGGACGACAGCAACAGCAGCAGCAGCCUGAUCAGCAUUACGACCCAGCGUCAUACGGGAACUAUUACGGCCAGCCCCCUACAUCCUCGGCAGAUGGUCAGCUGGACUCCUCGUCCUCGUCCACACAGCUGAGCGGUCAGCUUCAUCACUCCCAGAACUUCAACAACUUCGCCGUUCCCGCUGUACCUCAACAGCAUCAGCAGCAUCAGCAACCGCAGCACCAGCAGAUGCAGCAGCGCGGUAGUAUCAGCACCGCGGAUGAAGAGGACGACGACGACGAUGAUGAUGAUGAUGAGAGAGACGGAAGCACCAUGGGAUACUCAGCCACAGGGUUCGAUUACUUUGGCAAUGUGGGGGCGCAGCAGGUGGUGGCACCCCCCCACCGUUACCGCACAUUGUCCAACAGCUCCACAGGAAGUGGUCGCCAGCGAAGACGCAGGACGACCUCAGGCAGUAGCACUGGCAGUGUCAAGGCCGCACCGCCUAAGGCCACGAACGCAGGGGCAAACACUGCUGCAGCACCACCUAGAGGGGAUGAUAAGAAGCAGAAACAAGGAGACGGAAAAGGAUGGUUUGGGGGGAUCUUCAGCAAAUUUUCUGCUAAAGGCAAAAAUGAGAUGAUCCUACCAGAUGACAAAGACCCAGCGAUUGUGUGGGAUCCGGUGAAGAAGAAGUGGAUGAAUGCUGAUGGGACAGAGGAUGAGGUAGCCAGCGCAGCCCCCCCUCCUAAAGAUGCUGAUCUCAUGGGCAAGCCGCCAAGUGCUGCUCCCCCUCCUGGCAGCGGGCCUCCCUCCGGCCCCCCACCCCCCUCAGGGGGAGGAAACAAGUUCUCUCUCAAAGCUAAAGGUGUGAGGAACCAGUACGUGGACGUAAACAACCCCAAGCCCGUCUCCGUGCCCCAGGAGCUGUUCAAUGUGAUGGCCCCGCCCACCUCGUCAACUGCCUCACAGCAGCCACCCGCCGCCCCUCAGGUCCUUAUGCCCGCCGCAGGAGACUCCAACAACAGUGGUGCUUCGGAGGGCAUGUUGUCUGUGCCUGGACCGGGAAAUGAGUUGUCACGCUCCAGUUCUGUCAGCUCUCUGGCGCAAGAAGUACAGAGUAUUUUGCAAGAGCCCCAGCCCACGGGUCAACAGCCACAGCCGCAGCAACAGCAGCAGCAGCAGCAGCCUCAAGUGCCGUCAAUGCCGAUGUUGUUCAACCCUGCCACCCUACAGAGCGGCAGUCAGGGCCAGGCGCUCUCAUCAGCAGGGCCGGGACUCAAGUACGGACAGAGGAGGGCCUACCCCAAAUGAUGACGGCCUCCCCGAACUAGUUCUCUCUGUCUCUCUCCCGACAGGUUUUUGGGGGAAUUAGGACCAGAUUCUUUUCCAUGGGUAUACAAAGUGGUGAUGGGUUUUAAAAAACCAGGACAAAGGUGAUUUUGUUUAAAUGUGUAGGCGUCCUACAUUGAAAUCAUCGCCUCUCAAGAAAAACGAGUAGCUCCACCAUUUUUUUCGCUCGUUGUGUGAAACGGGUGGAAGGGAGUUGCAUCGUGUUUUUUUUUCUUCUUUCAGCAGCAACGACAUGCUGUGUUGCUGUCUUGAGUUGCAGAGAUAUUAUGAAGCUGUCGUCUGUUGUUUUGAAGAGGGAAGUGGGUUUUUUUGCUGCAGAGUGACUGUCGGCAUGAUGUGAUUGAUUCCCAUGUUGUCUGGCUUGAUGACGAUAACACAGAUGCUUGGUGAGGAUAUUUAUCUGUAGGUUAUACAGAGAGAUACAGAGAGUCUUUUCAGGCUGUGGAAAAUAAUGUCCUGUUCAGAUUUUAUUUGAAGAAAGAAAAAAAA